AUGCCAGUCCAACUACUCCCAGCAUCGGCACAGGCCUUUGCGCCUCGAGGAAAGCCCGAGAUCGUCCUCAACUCCAAGGUCGAGCCAUGGCUUACUCAGACAUUGAAGCGCAUCAACCGGGUCAAGCGACCUCUCAACAGCGUGCCACAACAUUUCCGGUGCUUGACCGAGACCUUGGGUGGUGACGCCGCCAUCUGGACCCUCGCUUCUCUCAUGCUGCCCAAAGCACCCGAGUCGGAAUUGCGCAAGGAUUCUGACCCGCUCGUCGAGGCCAUGUUCAACUUUCAGCUGAUUCACAUCGAGGCCUACGUCGUGCACGUCGACAUGGUCUCCCAGCAUGAGGUCGCCUUCAAGUUGAUGCCCGAGACCAUCGAAGCGCUUGUCGACUACCACAAAGACAUCUACUCCGUCGAUGCAUCCGCGAGUACCUGGAGCUGGCCUGAAAAGGAGACCCAGGUGAGGAAGAUGCACGACGAGUUCGUCCAAGCCGCAAACCGAUUUGUCUUCCGCACUGGUGUUCGUGCUUUGGAGGGUCUGGAGGAGGAUGGCGCCGGAGAGUUGUUGGACGGUCGAUCGGAGCAAGUCAAGAACGCCAUCAUGAACCUGUUUCUUCCUCUGCUCCCACCGCCACCGAGGAUCGUCGAUGUCAUUCAGCCGGCUCCCAUCCUUCCUAACCCAUCGCUGUCCAGCAACUGGUGGAGCCCGACCCAGUUGGCUCCUACGCAACCCAUGCCAGUGGACUCGUGGAAGGUCCUCCCAUCAACGCCAUCGCCGACAGGCUCUACCUGCAGUGACAACCACACGGUGUUCUGGCAGGACAUGAGCAUGAACCCGCUUCAGUUGCCGUCGCCGACGCCUUCGCUCAGCCAGCCGAUCUACACAUCCGCGCCUGCUCAAUUCUACAGCUCGCCCGAGUGUAUCGCGCCGCUUCCUUCAUCCAGCUUCAUGCCACAACAUUGCGGCUCUGACUUUUCGAUGGGCGGCUUCAACGAUUUUGGCUGGACACAGGCCGCUUGGACUCCUCAAUACGCCACUACCAUGUGA